AUGAACAAUGUUCCAUAUGCAUCAGCAAUUGGAUCUAUCAUGUAUGCUAUGUUAUGUACUCGACCAGAUGUCUCGUAUGCUUUAAGUGCUACGAGCAGGUAUCAGUCUAACCCUGGCAGCAAUCAUUGGAUUGCUGUCAAGAACAUCCUUAAGUACUUGAGAAGAACUAAGGAUACUUUUUUGAUCUAUGGAGGUCAGGAAGAGCUCUCUGUAAUUGGUUACACAGAUGCUAGUUUUCAAACAGAUCAUGAUGAUUUCAAAUCGCAAUCUGGAUACGUGUUUUGCUUAAAUGGCGGUGCUGUGAGCUGGAAGAGUUCAAAGCAAGAAGUAGUCGCUGAUUCUACAAGAGAGGCCGAGUAUAUUGCUGCAUCUAAUGCCGCAAAAGAAGCUGUUUGGAUCAAGAAAUUCAUAUCUGAUCUUGGAAUAGUUCCAAGUAUUGUAGAUCCCAUUGAAUUAUUAUGUGAUAACAAUGGAGCGAUCGCGCAAGCUAAAGAACCUAGAUCUCACCAAAGAUCCAAACACAUACUCAGGCGCUUUCAUCUCAUUCGAGAGAUCAUCGAUAGAGGAGAUGUGAAAAUAUGCAGAGUACCAACAUCAGACAAUAUAGUUGAUCCACUGACUAAAACUCUUGCUCAAAAGAAGCAUGAUGGUCAUACUAGAUCUAUGGGUAUUAGGUCUAUGCCUAAUUGGCUCUAG